ACUAUGUACCCACCCCUCGCCUGUAAGAAACUAGUUGACGAGGAUUUCCCACAACACCUUGCGCAUCAACCAAAACAUGGAGGAAGAAGCUGAGUUCGAAGAACGUGAAAUUGAUGAUGAUAAUUUGCUCUCAGGAGGCCUCGGUUUUCAGAGCGUAGCAAUCGGUACCGGAGGGAGACGCAAAUGGAAAAUACUUGUAUAUCUUCAAUGCUAUUUUGUAACCGUGGCGGCCGUUUUGGGAACUGGCGUUUUAGGGCUGCCAUUGGACUUUUCUCAGUCAGGAUAUUUGCCAAUAAUAGUGGUAUUUCUGAUUGAGACCAUUGUACAGACUUUGGUAGUGUUAUAUUUUCUGGAGCUGUUACAAAGAAGCUAUCAGGCCAAGAGACAAGAAGUUUUUGAAACAAAUGUCCUAACAGAGGAGGAAGGUGAUCCACUGAAUGAUGCAGAGAGAAAUGAUGAUGAGGAACAAAAUAGUAAAUCAGAAAUGGAACUGGAGCUCUGCAGAAAUGACAAAGAUGUAGAGGAUGAGGUAGACAUGCUAAGGACAACGGAUGAUCAGGAUCCAAUAAAAAAUUGUCCUUCUCUUCACACAAUGGCUGAGCUCUUCCUGCAGAAUGGCACCAAGUGGUUGUUUGAAGCGAUUGUACUGCUGAUGUUUGUCUCUGUUCUCAUCAAUUACGCUCUUGCCGGAAGUCAGGCUUGUUUACAGCUUCUGAAUCUUAGGGUGGAUUAUGGAGUAUCAGUCUUUGUUUGGAGCUGUGCAUUCUUGAUUGUCUUUAUUAAUUUCUGUGUCCUGCCAUUUGUAUCUUUGCUAACAUUUAUGGGAGGAUGUUUGAUACUCAUUGUUAUUGUCUGGGCAACUUUAAAUAUAGAGAGCCAAGUGGGGAGUGUUCAGAUUUUCGGUGAACUGAAGCAUAUUGGUCAGCCAUUGGUUUUUGGCACAAUUACAAUGGGAGGGGUUGUCAACAUACUCCCAGUGCUAUUUGCAAAAAUGAAGCCUUGUGUUUCAGAGAUUAGGGGUUUUUACCGAUCUGUUAUUGCUGGAUUGCUGACCUGUGUAACCCUUACCACAUUUUGGCUGGUUACAUAUGGUGUUUCAACUACAUCUCCCUUGACAAAGGUUGUAACAUCAAAUUAUGCAGCCUAUGGUUGGAUUCCUCUUCUUGUUCAAAUAUUCUUGAUUAUCAGUGUAACUGUCUCAUUUUUGACCAUGGGAACAGGAUUGAAACAGAUAGUUGACAGUUGGUUUGUCAUAUUUUAUCCAUCGGCUCCAACUUCCUGGCAAGAGGCAAAGUCCAAAUGGGAGGGAAUCUACCGUUGUGUCAAUAGCAGAUGCUUAAUGAAGACUUUCCUGCUUUUAUCACUGUUUGGAUUUGUUUUUGCUGUAGCGGUACUGAACCCAGUGGGUACUGCUUCAGCCUUACGGAACGUGGCAUCUCUGACAUCGAUUGCUGAACUAGGUGUUUUUCUCAUUAUAAUGCUGAGACGGGCACAUGGUUCGGAGUUCAGUCACCUCCGAGUUUCUGUCCCUCUGUCACGUGUUCUGUAUCAUCUUCAUUACCUCGUUAUCGUUUAUUUUCUGGUCGCAUUCGUGUUCAAUAUCGCUGAGAUCAUUCAGAUAUCGCCUUACGACCGGCCAUUGUCAUCAAGUCUCACACCACAGGCAAACCAAUCUUUUUCAUCACUGAUUGGCUCUGCUGGGGUUAACUCGAGCCUUGGAAGUUCACACAAUAGACAGUGGCGUCUUCAUGACGAGUCGAUGACCAAUGCGACGUUGUAUUAAGAAUCUUAAGAAAACCACGACCGCGGCGGUGACGUCAAUGUAUACCAAAUGGUUUGCAGUGAAGUAUGUGGAGAUUUCUCCCCAUUGCAACUUUGUCGCAUACCGUCUGCGAGUUCGCCCCCUGUAGCAAAACAAAAUUCAAGUUUUCUCCUCUAUUUUGCCAGUUCGCCCCCAAAAUCUUUCGACUUGUUUCCUUACGGCAGAACGUUUGAACGGUUGAAGUCAUAUUAUAACGAUCAACGUGAAAUUUUUACAGCAAAGCCACAGCAAAGUUCCAUCAACUCGCAGAUUAGCAACUGUGUUAACUGAUCAAUCCUUAAGAGUGACUAGCAUAUGAUUUCUCCCCACAGCACCACCCCCAAAUCACACUGUAAGGUCGCCAGAAUCAAAGAAAUGACCUUUAACUGAAGAAGCUCUUGAUUGUUAAACAAAUUCUCCUUGUCAGCACCUUAGGAAAUGUAUAGAGAACAGUAUGGAGAAUAUACAUACUGAUGUUAGGGUGUAAAGGGGUGACCGUGACAGACGCGUGUCUAUCGUGACUGCGACAUUACUCCAGUCUUUAUCUAAGUGUUUUGACUCUAUUUUUAGCGGAGAAGCACCUCUCCAACACAGAUUGUGAAGCACAUCGCAACGUACAUUUUCUGUACUGGUAAAGUUUGGGGUUAACUCGCUUCGCUUCAGGGGGCAAACUGUCAACGGGGUGCAAGCACUGUAAACCUAUGUUAACUCACCCAGUGAUUGAUUAUUUAUUAAUAACAACUGUUAUGUAUUGCAUUUAAUUGGUAGGUAGCGAGUUGUAAAUGUGUUUUGUAUUUUAUAACAACACAAAAAAAAAUUUUAUAGCUUUCAUAUUUCAGUCGAUAACUUGAAACAGCUUUUCUGAGUUCAAGUUGCUUGGCGGGCAAUGAAUGCGUUCCUUUUAAAGUAUACUCAAAGAGUGAAUUCAGCGAUCUCUCGUUAAGAAAUUCCCGUGCCACAAGGCGAUAAUAUUUAAGAUGGUUAUUUAAGUUACUAUUGACAUGCACUAGAUAGAAUUAAUGAGCGUACACAAAUUUCAUAAAUGCGAAAUGUAGUUUUGUACAAAAACCAAAUACGUGAAAUAUUUCUCAGUAGACAGAUGUUGACAAUAAAGCAAUUUACGCAAGUUG